AUGGAGCAGACAGUUCGUAAAUUCACAAGUGCCACCAAAUCGGCAACCAAGAAUUGCCGCAGGUUGGAAGGCAAGGUUGCAGUUGUCACAGCCUCCACCCAAGGAAUCGGAUACUCUGUAGCACGCCGCUUCGCCCAAGAAGGAGCCAAGGUUGUCAUAAGCAGCAGAAGAGAAUCGAAUGUCAAAAAUGCGUUCGAGCAACUUGCGAGUAAAGAGGGCCUCGAGGUCUUCGGAAUCGUUUGCCAUGUGGGAAAAGCCGAGGACAGGCAGAAACUCUUAAAUGAGGCAGUGGUGUGCUAUGGUGAACUGCAUAUUUUGGUGCCAAACGCAGCUGUAAACCCAGAAGCAGGUCCAGUCAUCGAAUGCAGUGAGUCUGUUUGGGAUAAGAUAUUCGACAUCAAUGUCAAGAGUACAUUUUUGUUCAUAAAAGAAUCAUUACCUCUUCUCAGAAAAAAACAAUAUGCCUUGAUUAUUAUAAUGUCCUCGAUAUCUGGAUAUCAACCGCUUACGUAUUCUGUUAGUAAAACGACCUUGCUAGGACUGCGUAAAGCUGUCAGCGAAGAAUUGGCAAGUGAAGGAAUUAGGGUCAAUUGCAUCGCUCCAGAAGUUAUAAAAACAAAGUUCUUCCAACUACUAUAUGAAUCAAAAGCUGUGAUCGAUACAACGCUGACAAUGAUACCAAUGAACAGACUAGGAACUCCAGAUGAGAUUGGAGCUGUUGCUGCGUUUUUGGCAAGUGACGAUGCGCACAUCACUGGUGAAACAAUUGCAGCUGCCGGAGGAAUGACAUCAAGGCUUUAA